CAGUUCUAUAUUCCGCGGUUCGGCCGUGUGUGUCUUCUCCAUGGCGUCGAUCCGCGCGGCGUUCAACGGACCGUUUGCCCAUAAAGAAGGUCCUGACUAUCGCUGGGUGGAGUACAAGGGCCGCAUCCCAUAUCCCAGACCUGGAACUUGUCCCAGUGAGACCUACGACGCUCUCCACAAAUCCACCAAGGACUUCCCCGACGAGGUGGUGAGCUUUAUGCGGCAGCACCAGCUGAUGUGGGAGCCGGUCCCGCCUCUGGGCGGCAGACCCAUCAUGACCCGGGUCAACGCGCCCUACAUGUUAAAGAGAGUGGUGGUGGACAGGGUGGAUGCCGAGGACGGACCUUACGACGUCUUACACCUGGGGACAGGUGAGGAGCAGAGCUAG